CGCUCAGUCCAAGUCGAUGAUUGCUACCGAGCGGUUGCUUGCGACAGCGUUGCGUCGUUGUGUUGUACUACUACUACAAUUACAGAGUCCGUGUGUAACCGUCUCUCCACUACACAAUACCGUAUAAUAAUAAUCAUAAUACUGCUACCGUGGUAGCAUCAAAGCAUAAAAAGAGUGUGUGAAUGAAAUUGAAAUUGAAAUGUUGUGUGCAUCAAAUGUGAAAUUUAUUUGCAAUGCUAAUAAUCAAUUUGCUCAAUAAUCAUCAAAAUCAUCAUGCGAAUAAUAAUCGUACGAGUAAUGCUAAUGAUGUCAAAGUGAAACAGUUUUCAAAAUCAAUGAAAGUAGCAACACACAACAAAACUCGGUGAAUAUAUAAACUCAUCACGCGCACCUCGCAAACAGCAAGCUCUUUGCUGGCCAACCACCAAAACCACCCACCAGCAACGACCUCAACACCCCCCAGCGCUCAUCUUCUUCCCUCAUACUGCAGCAGCAGCAGCAGAAGCAGCAACAACGACGACGAGUUUUUACCAUCGUGCCGACUCUCUCUCUUCGUCUCUUCCCCGUUCAUCACCACACCGCUCCGCUCCGCUCCGUCUCUCUCCCACCCACACACUCUGCUUUUUGGGGGUUUCGUGUGUUUUUCUCGUCGCGCGAAUGUGUGUAACUUGAACACAACGGCAAAAGGUUCGUCCAUGGUUCUAUCGCUGUUGUGAUUGCAGGCCACGAGGCCGAAAAAACGCAAAAGACGUAACAAAAAACCAAAAAGAAAAUCAUUGAGAAGAAGCAGCUAAAAAAAAAGAAAUAAUAACGAAAAUAUACAAAAAAAAUACGAAAAACGAAAACGCGAUGAAAAUUAAAGCUUUGCGUGGCAAAACUCGCUAAACAACAACAACAACAACAACAAAAAAGUGAACAAAAAAUAUCAAGAAAAAUAGAAGAAAAUUGUAGCUGGCCAGUUGCGUAAAAAUAUAUACAAAAAUUUCGCUUUUCUUGCGUUUCUGUGUGCGUUUUUGGCAGUUUGUUAUUAUUAUAUUAUAUAUUUUUUGUCGGCUGUGCGAAGAAAAACGAUUAUCAUCUAGUGUAAGCGAGAGAGAGAGAGACGCUCCUAUAAAUAUAACGUCGCGCUUGGCGCCGCUAAUUACGCCAAAACAUGAAAAUAUUUACAACAACAACAGCAACAAUAAGAACAACAACAGCGCGAAAAACUGGGCAAUUAAUCAAUUUUCCGCUUGACCAAUAUAUAAUAAAUUCAUUCGACGCUGAAUUCACACGGAAGUUUGCACUAUUAUCGUAAUUAAAACCAAGAGAGCAGCAACAUUAGCCGCCUGGCAUGGCCUAAAAAAACGUAAAUCGCGCAUAUCUCAAAAGACUUAUCACACACACACACAUACACACACUCACACACACACAUCAUGCAUAUCAGAGUCAUGAUGAGGAUUAUCUUAGUGUUGCUAAUGCCCAGCACACUAUUGGCCAAUCGCUACAACUCCGGCAAACACUAUGCGAGCUCCUCCUCCUCCUCCUCCUCCUCGUCAUCAUCAUCAUCAUCAUCAUCAUCGGGAUCAUCGAAGUCAUCGCAACACAAUGAGGUAUACCCGAUAGCCGAUAGUCAACCCAUGACCGAUGAUGGCUAUGUGCCACCUCCACCAUCAUCGAAUCCGUAUUAUGCGGACAACAAUCCGGUGCAACAGCUGAGCAGCUGUCAAACGGUUUGCGCCUGCAAGUGGAAGGGAGGCAAACAGACCGUUGAAUGCAUCGAUCGUCUGCUCAUACAAAUACCCGAGAACAUUGAUCCCAACACCCAAGUGCUCGAUAUGUCCGGGAAUAAGCUGCAAACGCUCGCGAAUGAACAAUUUGUGCGCGCCAAUCUGUUGAAUUUGCAAAAGUUGUAUUUACGCAAUUGUAAAAUUGGCGAAAUCGAGCGGGAAACCUUCAAGGGAUUAACGAACCUCGUCGAGCUGGAUCUAUCGCAUAAUUUGCUGGUGACAGUCCCAAGUCUCGCACUGAGUUAUAUCUCAUCUCUAAGGGAUCUCACGCUCGCCUCGAAUCAUAUUCACAAGAUCGAAGCUCAAGCUUUUGCCAGCACACCUUCGCUGCACAAACUCGAUCUCUCGCAUUGCGAUAUUCAAACGAUCUCAACGCAGGCUUUUAGUGGAUUACAAGGCCUGACCCUCCUUCGUUUGAAUGGCAAUAAACUGAGCGAACUGUUGCCCAAGACCAUCGAGACAUUGAGUCGUCUGCACGGCAUCGAGUUGCAUGAUAAUCCCUGGCUCUGUGACUGCCGUCUGAGGGAUGCCAAACUCUGGCUAAUGCAACGCAACAUUCCCUAUCCGGUUGCUCCCGUUUGUGCUGGGGGACCCGAGCGCAUCAUUGAUCGGACUUUUGCCGAACUGCAUGUGGAUGAUUUUGCGUGUCGCCCCGAAAUGUUGCCCAUUUCGCAUUACGUGGAAACGGCCAUGGGCGAGAAUGCGUCGAUAACGUGUCGUGCACGCGGUGUGCCAGCGGCGAGCAUCCAUUGGUAUUGGAGUGGACGGCAGUUGGCCAACAACAGCGCCUUCAGCGCCUAUCAGCGGGUGCAUAUGUUCGAGCAGCUGGAGGCCGGUGGCUUCGAGAAGCGUUCACGCCUCGUCCUGACCAAUGCCCAGGAGACCGAUUCGAGUGAGUUCUAUUGCGUUGCCGAGAAUCGUGCAGGCAGCGCCGAGGCGAAUUUCACGUUGCACGUGAGCAUGCGUGCCGCAGGCAUGGCAUCGUUGGGUAGCGGACAAAUCGUUGGAUUGAGCGCCGCAUUAGUGGCACUUAUUGUGUUCGCUUUGGCGGCCAUUAUGUGUCUGUUGUUGCGCGUGAAACGUCAGCCGUAUGUGGACAGCAAGACACCGAAUCACAUGGAGGUCAUCACAUCGGUGAAUCAUCAGAAUUCGAUAACGAAUAAAACACAACCGGCCACAGGCAACGGAAGCAUCGGUGGCAUUGUCAUUGCCAACGGUGCGGUGGCAAAUUGCAUCGAUGGCAGCAAUCCGUUGAGCUCGGUGGGCACUCUAGAGCGCAAGGGUAGCUCCACGGGCGGAGGAGGUGGAGGAGGAGGACGUGCCACAAGCUCCUCACACGAUCAACGCAAUGCGAAUCCGGUGCAAAAGCCACCGCGACUCACGGAUCUUCCCUAUGCCACACAGGGUUACGAUAAUGCUGGCAGCGUGCUCUCCACUGCAUCGUGUUUUAUUUCCCCGAGCGCUUCGACGGGACAUGGCAACAAUCCGGAUCUGAUCAAUGAUACCAAACGCUUUGGCAGCGAUGAGUUUGCCGAUCUCAAGUUGCCGGCGAUGUUGGGCCAAGAGCUCGGGGGCAACGGCAGCGGGGAAUACAGUCGCGCCAAUGGCUGUGAUUCCUUGUAUCCCUCGGGAUUGUGGGAACACACAGCGGGAGCUGCGAGCUCUGCUGAUGAUCUGUUCAUGAAGCGGUACACGGAUAAGACACCGAUCAUCGAUGCGAGUCAACUGUACGAUUUGCAUGAACGCAAUGCGGCCAGCGAUUACUUCAGUAAAACGUUUCCACGGACGCACUUGCAACAAACUGGGGCAGCUGUCGGAGCAGCUGCCACGUCGAGCACAUCGACAGCCACGACGAAUCUAUCGAGCGGAGGCGGUUCGUCGGGUUAUCCGAAUGACUAUGGACUGCCUUUGGUGCCGGGAGCCGAGCAUCAACACAAUCAUCAGCUGCAAAUGCAUCCGUUGCAGCAGCUGCAACAGCAGCUGACAACAACGCUCAAUCAACAUCAGCAACAGUUGAAUCACAGCUCAAGUUCGACGCACAGCGGCAGUCCACACUUUAGUAGCCGCACACUGCCACGCCUACACGAUGGAGGCGGCAGCAGUAGCAAUGCCUCGACAAGCUCAUCACCAACACCAGCCCAAAUAGCUGCCGCCUCAGCAGCAGCUGCGGCUGCCAGUUCCUGCUCCAUAUUGCCCAAUGGCCAGCCGGUGAAUGCCAAGACGAUACGGGUGUGGCAAAAAGGGGGCGUGCCCGUGCUGCCGCCCGUGACAGCGCUGAAGCGUGCUCUCAUCAGCAGCAGCCGCAAUUCACCGGACGAAGGCUACCAAGAGGGCUGCGGCACCGAUGUCUAAGCUCUCCCCAUUUCUCCUAUUCCCAACUCCUCCCUCCCCCUCAACCCUCAACCCUCAACCCCCAACUCUCAAGCAGAACUGACUAAACUUAACAAGCAUAUAAAAUACUAAAAACGUAACUUGAAAAAUCUCAACAAAAUAAAUGUAAUUUUUGUAUGGGCUCAGCAAAGAAACGAAAAAAAAACGAAAAAAAAACUUGAAAAAAGAAAAUUUUUGUGCAAGCAAAAACUGUUUGUGAUACGUGUCUGAUUAAAAAGGAUAUCAAUGCGAAUGAUGAUAAUAAGAAUUUCCAUGAGAUAUAAAAAGAAAAAGAAAACGAAAACGAAGAAAUUGCGCGCAGCAAAAGCAACAACAACAACAUCAACAACAAAUAACAAUUAACGUAAAGUAUACUUUUAGGCAUAAACGCAUAAUGAAAGAAUGAAUAAACUAAACUAAAGUAAAACUAAAUAUAUUGCAUACUAACUAAAAAUACUAAAACAAAGCAAAGCAUAACUAACUAGAAAGCCCUAAGAUUUAUAUAUGUACAUAAAUACCUAAAAAAAAACGCAUAAAAAAAACGAUGUCAACUCUCGCAAAUCCCCGCAAAACUAAAGCAUAAAUAAAUUUAACAAAAAGAAAAAAAGCAAAAUAAUUAACACACACAACACACAGAGAAGAAAAACGCAGUUAGUCACAUACUCCAAAAAGUCAGCUUUUGCCCCAAUGUAAAUGUUAAAUUCAAACUCUAAUUGUAAUUUUGUGUAUGCGUAUGUGUGUGCGUGUAUUGUGUCAGUGUGUGAGUGUGUGUGUGCGAGAGUUUCAACGUUGUUCAACAAAAGCCAAAAUUGCUAAAAGAAAGAAUUCCCCUAUUAUCAAAUAAAAUACAAAAAAACAGACACUCAAAAUGUAAGUCGUAGUUAAAUUAUAAAAUUAAAAAACACCAUUCAAGACUUCCCCCAAACAAGAAAACAAUCCCGAAUAAAGCGAGAGAGAAGAUCAAACCAAAAGCUAGGCCCAUAUUUCGAAUUCAAUGUAAAACAUAACUAAGAAAUAGCAUAGUACUAAAAUUAACUAAUUGUCUGACUUUUCUCUGUAUAUACUUAAAUAUAAAACCGUAAACAACAACAAACCAAACAAAAACAAGUCUGUUUCCAAUUUCAGCAAAAACUUACCGAACAUUUUACGUUUUCAAUUUGGAUUUACAUCUGUAAAAUACGAGAAAAGCAUAUCAUUAUUCAUUCUGUAAUAUUUCAUCAAAUUAUUGAAGAUCUUUUUAUUUUGCAUUUCACUAACGUAAUUAAAUCCUUUCGUAAUUUUCAAACAUGCAAACAAAAUAAGCAAAACCAUUUGUGUAUUAAUUUUCACUCAUAGCAAAUAUUUUACAAUUUUUUCAUAGUUGCAACUCAAUUAAUUUUGCGUUUUUUUCUUAAUGUUAUUGAAUAACGUUUUAUGCCAGAAAUGAGAAAUGGAAACAUUAUUAGAAGAAAUGGGAAAAUUUGUGUGGCCAGUGAAAAGUUAAAGCGAAAACUCAACUUGAGGGAAUAAUUAGUAUUAUACAUAAAUAUAGUUUAAUAAUAAUUUAUGCUUAAUUUGUAAACAACAUUUUCCUUUUACACAUUACCAGUGAGUAUUAAUUGCAAUUAUUCCAAUUCAAUUCGAUUUUGAUUUUCGAAUUUAAGAAAACUUCAAUUUCAAUUAAUAUUCUGACCCAGUUUAACAAAUUUAACAAGUUAAGUUGAGAUAGCAGCUGGCCCCAAGAGAAAAGAAAAAUGUAAAAUUUCCACACAAUGUUGGCAUUAAACUUUAGGCAACCAAAAACAGAAAACAAUACGAAAAAUGUUUAUAAAAGAAGAAAAGAAAAGUGAAAGAAAAACAAACAUAUUCAUCGAUUCAUACGUAAAUAAACAUUUGUGAAUGUCAGAAAACAAAGUACACACACACUCACACACGCACACGCAUACACUUGAAGUAACAUUCGAAAGACAAAGAAAUAUACGAAUGACAAUUUAAAUAAUAUAUCCACAUAUAUUAAUUGCCUGUACGUACUUAAACCUAAACAAAAACAAAAAAAAAAAAAAAUAAGAAAAGAAUGAAUAGAAAUGAAUAUCGAAAAGAAAAUGGAAA